GCACCAGACUGUUUGAUACUUCCUUUGACAGAACAGGUAGAAAUCCGACUGAAAGUGUCGGUUGAACCUGCCGAAAAAUCCACCAUCAUCCAGCUUCUCCAGUUGGAUAAAAACCACAAACAUCAUGCUGAAGAUUGUGCCAAAGUUUAUUUUGCUCUUGUUGCUAGUUUUACCCGCAACAGUGCUUCUGUCAAGCCGUGGAUCAUCGCUGGUGAGCCACGCAUCAGAAGAGGACAAGGUGGAGGAUGCCUUGGAGGGAGAGGACAUUGACGACGAAGAGGAUGACGAAGACGAGAUAGAGGUGGAGACGGAGGGAGAAGCGGACAAAGGAGAAGAUAAAAAAGCAGCAGCCAAGACGGAGGAUGAAGGAGCCGAAGAGGCAGAAGAAGAGCAGGAGAAACUCAAACCCGCUGAGGAUGUUGAGACCACAUUGCUCUUCACCAAGAAUGCUGAGAAAGAGAUUCCAGUGAACAAGAUGGUUCAGAUCCUUCUUGGUUUCACCAAUAACGGCAAGCAAAACUACGUCUUGGAAAACAUCCACGCUUCUCUCCGCUACCCACAGGAUUUCAGCUACUACAUCCAAAAUUUCACAGCGAGGGACUACAAUACAGUCGUAGAGCCAGGUAAAGAAGCUACACUGGAGUACAUCUUCCAAGCCAGCGAGACCCUUGCCCUUCGACCUUUCGGCUUCGUCAUGGAACUCAAUUACAAAGAUGCUGAAGGAAACCAGUUCAUGGAUGCAGUCUUCAACGACACUGUUCAAUUCACUGAACCGGACGAGGGCCUUGACACAGAAACGUUCUUCUUGUACGUGUUUCUAGUAGCGCUUGUUGUUGUAUUACUUGUCGGAGCACAACAGUUGGUUGCAUCUCUUGGGAAGAAGAGGAAAGCACCGAAGGCAGUGGUUGAGACAGGAACACAAAAUAACACAGAUAUAGAUUACGACUGGAUUCCCAAGGAGAAUAUGAUUGCAAAAAAAACUCCUUCGCCUCGUAAGUCACCUCGCCGACGCGCCAAGAGAGCAACGGGAUCUGGGGACGAGUGACAAAUGUCGACCCCCCAAGUACUGCUAUGAGAAUUUAAUAUCAAUCUUGAAUGAGCCACUUUGGCUACUUAUCCUUAAAAGGCAUCUUAUUCCAUUAUCGGCCAGAAUUUUAUGAAUUUUUAUGCAUGCAUUUACUAUGCAAACAAGUGUGUAUAAAAUAUCAAAGUCAAUUCAGUAAUGGGGAAUCGGAGGGGUGGCACUGAUUGUCCAGGAUUUUUCCUUUGCAAACAUCAGGGCCCAAUUUCAUAAAGACGCUUAAAUAAGCAGACUCUCGAUUUCACAUUUUCUGCUAAGCAAAAACAAGCAGGAGGAUACCGGUCGGGUAUUGUACAUGUGGCAUUCUGUUUUGGUUGGUAGCCUUAAUCUGGUAAGCAUAAAUUUGUUGUACUGACUGAGCUACUUUUUGUCCUAAGGAAGCUUAAACGUUAAGCAAAUUGUUCUGCUAACUGUAGCAGAAAAACAUUGCAUAAGUGUAAGCAUUCUUCACAGGGGAGCAUUAACAUUAGGAGGCCAGGUUGCGGGUUCACCAUGGAUAAGCAUGGUUACGCCAUUCAUUUUCAUACAGUAAGCACCAUAAGGUUGCAUGCCUUUUCGUUUGCUUACGGUUACCAGCGCUGUGAAAUUGAAACUCGCGCAGUAAGCAUAAAAUCUGCCAUUUAGCAACUCCAUGAAAUUGGGGCCCGAUGUUUACCACUUGUCAGAAGUGCAUAUUCUUUUGGUUUUACCCUUAUACCAAUUUCAAACCAAAUUAUAUUUAUCCCUGCUUUAACUUUUACAUUAAUUUGAACAAAAUUGCCUUACAAAUCAAAUUUUCUUCAGGAUCUGUCACUUUAAAAAAAGUGAACUGCAAGCCCUAUUACUUUUACAUCUCAAAAAAGGUCAACUAGGAAAAUAAAUUACACCAGGAAGUUUUAUA